AUGGCAAAGAAAGCAAAGAGUUUUAAGGAUUAUUUGGCUAAGAUAGAGGAUCCUAAAUAUCAAGGAGGUUCUUGGGAUUUACCAGAAAAUGCUUCACCAUUAGAAAAAAAGAAUCGCUUUUCCCAAGAGCCAACUUUCUUAACUAGGAUGCCUAAUUUAGAGUAUUGUCCUAAACUAAAGAAAUUAGAUGCUCGAAAUAGUAAUCUCCCUGGUGGUAGUUUAACUAUCCAAGAUUUACCUGAUUUAGUCGAGAUUGAUCUUAGUAACGUAAAUUUAGAGGAGUUAGAUAUUGGACGUACUAAAUUUCAUGGUUCCUUAGCCCCCUUAGCAGGAUGUAGUAAACUAAAGGAGUUAGAUAUUAGAAAUACUGAUAUAGAUGGUGGUUUAGAAUACUUACCAGAUAGUUUGCAAGAAUUUAAUUGUUCAGCAAACCAAAGAAAAGAUGCUAAAUGUACUUCGGCUGCCGGUGGUGUUUUAGUAAUCAAAGGAGCAGGAGAUUAUGGUAAUAACAACACCAUAAAUGGAGGUAUCUUAGCUGUAAUUGGUCCUUUCGUGGAAGCCGGAGCUUCUUAUUACGAGAAAAAAUUUUAUGAAGCCAAUGAAACUUUUUGUAUUAGCAGUGCAGAAAAAGAGUUAUUUGGAGAAACAAGAGAGUUAGAAAAUAAGAUUAAAGAGUUAGAAGAAAAAGAAUUAGCCAAGCAUAAAGAAGAGUUAAAAAAUAAAAAACAACAAGAAAUUGGAGAUAAAUUAGAAGAGGCAAACAAGUAUCUGCAAGAAUUAAGUAAUGAAGAAACAGAAUCUCAACAAUCGGAAAACAAACCGAUCAAAGACUCUAAUUAUCAAGAAAAUCAAGAAUUACUUACUACCUUUCCUGAAUUAGAUCCUAAAAAAGACUUAGACUUUAUUCUUUGGCUAAAGACUGAAAAAAGCAAAGAUAUAGAAAACUUUGCUAAACCACAAUGA